AUACACCACAUGUACCCCCCAUAUGCUUGAUUAAAUACCUAACCUAAACCUGCUAAACAAUUUAUUGUUAUCUGACCUUUCCACAUCAUGGAACAGAAACCUCGAAAGCGCCCGAACCUUUGGACGAUCUUUAACCUCUAUGAGCCACGAUCGAUCAUUAUGAGACACCUUGACACAAAAAGCGCCCUCAACUUAUACCAAACAUCAUGGAGUAUGCGACAUCAUUUUCUUUACAACGAAUGGGAUAUCAAUACCAGAUUAAAGCGCUUUGUCAAACACCCGCUUCGAUUUAGAAGUCAACUAGGUCACUCUAACGCCCUGAUUUAGGGAGAAUUCGCGUUACAGUUCCUUGAUCGUAAAAAGUGGCUUGAUGGUGGCUUGGAUAUUGUAGUUCAGAAGGGCAAGGACCUGGAAGGAUUACUUGAGUA